ACUGAACUUGAGACUUUGAAACUCUUCUCUUCGGCGAUUCUGCUACAGUGCCGCUCUGCGACUUGCCGCGGUCUUCCCUUUUUCGCCGAACAAGAACUGAUAAAGAAAAGUGUUGACCACCAUGGCUUCGUCGUACCUUCCUGCGACAACAGACUCACUCAUUCAGGCUUCCGAGGCAAAAAAUCCAUCUGAGUCCCUCUCUGUCCUCUAUAGCAUCCUCAACAACCCUUCAUCAUCUUCUGAUCCUUUAAGGAUAAAGGAACAUGCCAUCUCCAAACUUUCUGACCUGCUAAGACAAGAGAACAGGCCUGAUGAUCUCAGAAACCUUCCCAACCAACUGCGACCCUUCUUUUCUUUGAUACCCAAGGCAAAAACCGCCAAAAUUGUCCGUACUAUUGUUGACACAUUGGCCAAAAUACCUGGCACAUCUGAGAUUCAGAUCGCCCUUUGCAAAGACAUAGUCCAGUGGAGCCGUGAUGAGAAACAGACCUUCCUUCGCCAAAGAAUAGAGGCUAAACUUGCUUCACUGUUGAUGGAAAGCAAAGAGUAUGCCCAAGCAUUGACUCUCCUUUCAUGUCUUAUCAAAGAGGUAAGAAGAUUGGACAACAAGCUUUUGCUCGUGGAGAUCGACUUGCUAGAAAGCAAGCUUCAUUUUGCGUUGAGAAACAUUGCAAAAGCAAAGGCUGCCCUGACCGCUGCCCGAACUGUGGCUAAUGCUAUAUAUGUGCCUCCAGAUCAGCAGGGCUGUAUAGAUCUGCAGAGUGGUAUUCUCCACGCAGAAGAGAAAGACUAUAAAACAGCUUACAGCUAUUUUUACGAAGCUUUUGAAGCUUUUAAUGCUCUUGAGGACCCACAGGCGAUAUAUAGCCUCAAAUACAUGUUGCUUUGCAAGAUCAUGGUUGGCCUAGCAGAUGAUGUGACAAGCAUUAUAUCAUCACCUAAGGUUGGGUUGCAGUAUCACGGACCAGAGCUGGAUGCGAUGAAAGCAGUUGCUGAUGCUCACUCGAAACGGUCUUUGAAGCUGUUUGAGAUUGGGCUUAGGAAUUUCAAGGUACAGCUGGGUGAAGACCCAAUUGUCCACCGCCACCUGUCAUCACUCUAUGACACACUGCUGGAGCAAAACCUCUGCAGGCUGAUUGAGCCAUUCUCAAGAGUCGAGAUUGCCCGUGUUGCCGAAUUGAUCGAGUUGCCAGGGGAACACAUUGAGAAGAAGCUGUCUCAGAUGAUUUUGGACAAGAAGUUUGCUGGAACUCUUGACCAGGGCACCGGAUGCCUUGUCAUAUUUGAUGAUCCGAAGACGGAUGCCAUAUAUCCGGCUACGUUGGAGACCAUCUCAAACAUGGGCAAGGUUGUCGACAGUCUUUUCCUAAGAUCUGCGAAGAUUAUGGCUUGAUUCGCGAUUUCAGGCAGCAUAUAUAUCAGGAUUUCAGGUUUUUUUUGGGUUAAUUACUUGACCUCUUAUGGCGACUGGUAACAAUUAUACAUUUGAAUUUAUGGCCUCUUUGCAUUCUAUGUUGAACAUGUCUGUUAUUAUGGUUAAAACAUCAUUAGUUAUCACAGUAACUUCUUUAUUUACAUGACUACCACUACUCUACUAUUUAUUAUCCUUCCUUGUAUCCCAUGGUGAAAAGUAAAAUCUUCUAAGGGUG